AUGUCGGUUCUUCCAGAUCUUCACCUGCAUUAUGUGCAGACCUGUCAAAAUUUGAGCCAGCCUGAAAACCCCUUCAUUGCUCGUGUGCUUCAAGAAGCUGAUAAAAAUGAUGAAAUAAGUACAAAAGGAAUCACAUUAAAAUUAGCUGGAAAUAAUCAUCUGGUGCCUGUGCCAAGAGUGACAGAUGACGAUCUUGGAGUUCUUGUCUCUGUCUUAGGCCAAGCUGCCUUUGUCACAGGCUUGGAUCUUGCCUAUAAUUUAUUGACUGAUGCUGGAGCAAAGACCAUGGCAACAUUCCUCCAGGAAAACUCCACUCUGCGGUACCUGAACCUGAUGUUCAAUGACAUUGGCACAAGUGGGGCAGAGCUGAUAGCAGGAGCACUCCAUAGCAAUCAAAGUCUUGUGCAUCUGAGAAUGACUGGAAACAAAAUAGGAAACCAAGGUGGGAUGUUCUUUGCUUCAAUGCUAAAAAUGAACUCAACCUUAGAGAAGUUGGAUCUUGCAGACUGUGAUGUGGGCCUGCAGUGUCUGACAGCAACAGCCAUAGCCCUGACUCAAAACAAAUCACUCAAAGCCAUAAACCUAAAUCGUCCUUUGCUAUCCAGCCAACAGGAAGAGUCCACAGUUCAUAUAGCUCGGAUGUUGAGGAGUAAUUCUUCUCUUGUGGAACUACACUUGGGCAAGCAUGAAAUGAAAAGCUUUGGUGUAGAGCAACUGUGUGAAGCCCUGUAUGGAAACUCCAGCCUGAAAUACCUUGACCUUAGCUGUAAUAACAUAAUCUGUGAUGGAGUGAAAUUUUUGGGAAAGCUACUAAAAAAGAACCAAACCCUGGAGAUCCUGGAUCUUAAUGCAAACCGAAUAGAAGACGAUGGAGCCAUUUACCUGAGUGAGGCCUUGUCAACGUGGAACAGGAGUCUGCAGGUGUUGUCUGUUGUAAGCAACAAUAUAACUGGCAAAGGACUUUUAGCUCUUGCACAUGCAAUACAAUCCAACAUGAAACUUUCCCAUAUUUACAUCUGGGGCAACAAAUUUGAUAAAAGCACCCGUGUGGUAUUCUCAGAGCUGAUUGGGAUGGGCCGCCUGGAGCAGGGCUGCACAGACGUGGCUCCCUACGAGGUGGAUGGCGAGGUUUUCCUGGCAGAGAUGUCCCACGGGCUGGGCAAGCACCGCUACUGGGCCCCACGCUGCACCACCGUGGCCCCCAACGCCGCCAACGCCAGCCUGGCGAUCCUCCCUGUCUCGGAGUAUUUGUGA